AUUCUCAUUAUUAUUAUAUAUAAAAAGUACAGUAUGUACAUAUUUGAUUACUACUGAUCAGUCAAUUUAAUAUUUUUUCAUAAUGGACAAAACACAAUUAUCAUCUAAUGAUUUUGAUUAUACAUCAAAAACUAUUACAACUGAAGUUACUGAUAAAUAUGGUAAAACAUUAAUAUCAACUAUUCAAAGAAGAAAACAUUAUUCAGGCAAAUAUUGUCGAAAAUUAUUAAAAAUUAUUUUUAAAAAUAUUGGUUUAACAUUAUUACUCAUAGGUUAUUUAUGUGCUGGUGGUUAUAUAUUUCGUUCACUUGAAUUAUACAAUGAUGCACAAGAUUGUUAUCAACGUGAAAAAGGAUAUAUAAGGAAAUUGAAUUCUACUACACUAAGAGUAAUUGGCACUUUAAAGUCAUUCAAUGAUAAUGAAGUAACUCGACAAACAAUAGAAGAUAUUAUAAGAAAUAUAUUGAAUGAAUAUGCUACAGAUAUUUAUGCAUUAGAUUUUAAACCACUAACAAAUUGUACAGCUAUAUUGAAUACACCAGAUGGUUCAAAAUGGAGUUUUGUUAAUGCAAUCUUCUUCUGUGUAACAGUUAUUACAACAAUAGGUUAUGGACAUAUUGCACCAGUAACAUUUUGGGGGCGUAUAACAUGCAUUAUAUACGCUAUUAUUGGGAUACCAUUAAUGCUUAUCUAUCUAGCCUUGAUUGGUAAUAUGCUGGCAAGAAUGUUUCGUGUAAUAUUUUUAAAUUUACUCUGCUGUCGAUGUUUCUAUGAUACAAUUAAACGUAAACGUGAAGAACGUAGAAAACGUCUACAAGAAUGGGAACAAAGAUUACGUGAACAUGAAGAAGAAGAAGCGAAACGUCGAGGUCUACCACUACCUCCAAAAAAGAUCCAGACAUUUGAUGAAGAUAGUGAUUUGGAAGCAGAUGAGGAUGACGAUGAAAUAAUUGAUGGUUCAAAAUUACAUGUUCCAUUAACGAUCAGUGUUAUUGUACUCUCAAUGUAUACAUUAAUCGGUGCAGUAAUAUUUCCUACUUGGGAAGACUGGAGUACAGCAAGUGCGGCUUACUUCUCAUUUAUAACAAUAUCAACAAUUGGAUUUGGUGAUUUAGUCCCAGGAAAUGGAAGACUAACCGAGCCUCAUACAGCAACUGAACUUCUCAUCGGUGGUAUAUACCUACUAUUCGGAUUAGCAUUAUUGUCUAUGUGUUUAAAUCUAAUGAAAGAUGAAAUUAUAGCUAAAGUUGAUUACAUCUGUUCAUGUAUUGGUGUAAGAGUCAAAGGGAAGUUAUCAAAAGAUGAGAAAGAUAAACAAAAUAAUGAAAAUAUUGAUAAAAUUAAAAUGGAUACUGUUAAUUCACAGACAAAUGAAUUUGUUUCAACCAUGGAAACAUCAAAAUUAAUGAUGAAAAAUAAAACAAAAAUCAAUUCUGAAAAUUUUCAAAAUGAAUACGAUAAUGAAGGUUAUCAAAAAGAUAGAUAA